UCCAUCUUGUGAUUUUAACAUUAUAAUUAUAAAGUUAAUGUUUGGGUAGAUUAUUUGUAAGUAAGUGUUUUAAGCCAAUGUACAGAACGUUCCCCAGCCUCACAUUAAAAACUACGCUGUGUACAAAAAAAGACCUAGUUUGCAAGAAAGCGUAAACAUGAAGAGCAAACCCAAGAGAUCUGGGGUUUGCAUUUCCCCACAACUAUCCAAAGUGCAGGUUUCUCUUUAGAUGUCUUCCGCCUUCUGCAUUUUUUGCAUCCUUGUUCUCUUGAUUUCGAUGAAGUGAAGUACAGAGAGGAAAGAUUUUGGCCUUCGUUAACAGCACAAAAGACACUGCACUGCCGCAAAAUUAAGAUCCAACAUUAAGAAUGAAGACCAUCGUGUGGUUGGGGUUUGUGCUGGGUACACUCUCUGCUGCAGGCAAAGUGAUCCACACAAAAAUAGGGCAGAGGCUCAUCUUGGAGUGUGGCAUGGACGACUACAAGAGGAGCCUUUCAUGGCAUCAUGGAAAUGUACUGAUUAUUAGUGUUGAUGGGAAGACGGGCUUCAGUCGCAAAGGAAAUGAUGCCAUUCACACAAGGUCAAGGAUAAAUGGCUUGAAUCUGGAGAUCUCUGGAGUGAAGAAAGAAGAUGCCGGGGAUUUCACUUGUAACGCGGACGGAAAUUCUCACAAGCACACCCUUCUUGUGGUCUCAGUCUCGGCCAGCCCCCUUGAGCUCCAGGUGGGCAGCAAUGUUAUGCUCCAAUGUGAGGUAGAAGGUCUGAGCCCAGGCUCUGAAGUGCAAUUGAUGAGGCCAGAUGGACGUCCACACACGGGGUCAAAGAAAGGUGAACUUAAUGUAAACUACACAGAUGAAGGGACCUGGGAGUGUACAUUUUCCUAUGGCACGGAGAAGUACAGUGAGAAACUAGACGUCAAAAUUAAAGAGCCCGCUUCAAAAACACCUAUAUCAUCCCUAACCCCUACCCAAGGCUCAAAUGUCUACCGUGACACAUCCUGCCUCCACUGCAGUACUGACACUGAGCCCAGUGUUGGUCAGCUCAGCUGGUGGUUGUGGGUUUUAGUUGGAGUUGGCUGCCUGGUUGUGGUUCUCCUGACGGUCUCUGUCAUUGUUUUUUGCAAGAGGAUCAGAAGAAAGAAGAAAAACAUACAGAAGAUGAAGAAUGGCCAGCAGUCACUCAUGCCCAAACAGUACUGCCAGUGUAGAUGCCCAACAGCUGCAGUAAAACCACAGCAAGGACGUCAGAAAGGGAAGCCAUCAGCUCUCCCACCCCUGCUAAUGGAGUGACAUGAAAGACAGAUGGAAGAAAGGACAGAGAAAAAGAAAAAAAAUGAAAGAGAGAGUGAAAGGGAGGGAAAAGAGAGUAGAUGGAGAUAAAGAAAAAGAGAGCAAGCAAAAGAGAAACCCCAGUGUGAAAAUGGCAUGACUGUAAAUUGGCUUUUGAAUGCUCUUGAUGAAAAUAAAAUCAAAUGUAAUGAUGUGAGCACUUGGAAAUUUUUCAACAAAUAUGACCAUUGAACUGAAUGUAAAUAGACCCUUCCACUGCAAGAGAUAAGAGCAACAGUCUGUUGUUAUUUUUUACAUUUAUGCAGCAUUUUAAAAUGUUAACUAUAUCCCUACAUACAGCAAUGUCAACUUCCAGUGUAUUGCUUUGCAUCUUUAAUAACAUUCAACUGAUUUAAAUAAAGGUCUUUCUUGUGUUUCUGUGUAUUUGAUAUAUGUAUAUGUAUACUCUUUAUUUCUGAAGGUUGUAAAUGAAAAGAUUGGAGUGCUGUACUGAAAUUGUAUGUCUUUUUUCCUCUGACAAUAA